AUGAAACUCGGGAUUGGUAACGUAGGCCUCGGUGCUCAUUCUCAUACACCCGUCAUUUCAAAGCGGCCGGAAAUAACCAACAUUUCCAUCCUCCCGAGUCUGAUCCAUUACACCUCGUCACAGCAAUUGUUCAACGUUGACUCUCAGUCCCGUUCGAUGGGAGUUAUACCAGUAGAUAUAAAAGAACACCAACUUAUACUGUACUAUGAAACUCUUUUCGCUCAGCAUCCUCGUCAUUCUUUCAUCCUCGAGUCUCAUUGCAUGCCUACCUACCCAAUCGAUACCUGCGCUCGGCUCAGCGGCCAGAACUCAUGGUGA